CUGAAUUGAGCUCUAGGCGUGCAUGGACGACGCGCUGAUUAUCUUUCCCAUCCGUUCAUUGGACAACCCACGACUUCGCAUUGGGAUGGCGCAAUGCUCGUGGGCGACGGCGGCUCUUUGUCUUUUGCCCUGUCCAGCUGUGUCUCAUGGAUUCCACCAAACAGCUCGAUUCUCGCCCGUCACCAUGGAUAAGGGAUUGCACAACAACCAAAGUCAUAUAUACAGCACUGUAGGUGAGUACCUACCUGGGUAGUCUGAUGCUUCUGCACCCGACUGCCUAGAUGUUGCAACGCAAGGCUCUCGUGCAAAACUUUUCCGCCCACGCCGCUGUCGCCUCCGUCUUUUCCUUCUUCCAAGGUUCUCUAGCUCACAUGGGCUCGGUUCGAGUCCCUCCUGGAGAGACCCAUGUGAGAGACAGAUCUCACCCAGAUCUGUUUUCCCCACUACCUCCGAUCUUAGUGCAUUUUUGGGGAGAUUCGCCUCAUGCACACAAUAUAUUGGAGGCCAUCAAUGACGAACAGUAUCCAUCGCGCGCGUGUUCAUGCUAUUGGAGGGCAUCCGCCUGUUGGACACGCCAUCCUCUCUAUCUCUCUCGCACUCGCGUGCACGAUCGAGUACCGCAUCUCACUGCUGGCACUGCUCCACAUGUCAGUACGGGUCAAAUCGGACGGCCGAGAGCUGAAGAACAAAAGUAGAUGUAUACCUAUACUCUACCGUCUGAGGCAGACAAAUGCGCAAUG